ACUUCCGGCGGACGCUUUUCUAGCUGGCUAACGAUGGCUUUCCCUGAGUUUGCAUCGGAAUAAUUAAAGUGGUAUUAUAACAAACAAUCAAUACAACAACCCCUGCACGUCUGAAGUUGAUGGCCGGUCUCGCUCCCCCGGUCCCGUCCGCUCUGGCCUCGUUUCUCUCCACGUCACUCCCCCCGGGCUUUGCCAUGGGGCCGUCAAGGCUCUGUGGGGGCAGGAUGGGGCUGUGGUGGGUCGGCCGCUCGCUGGAGGCCGGGUCCCUGCUGGGGAGGGACGGGGACCCGGAGUGGGCCUCCGAGUGUGACCCCGACCCGAUGACCCACAGCCGAGAAGGUGAACCCACGACAGACCCCGGAUCAGAAACAUGUCAGACCACCAGCACGGACGCAGAAAAGGCACUGAUGGAGAUGGAAGCAAAUAAAGAAGAAUCUUUACUACAAAGAGGCGUCUGGAUCAAAUUUGCCUGCCGAGCACCAAGCCGAGCCCAGCAGAACGUGUCGGUGCAGUGCGCCUGUGGAGAGGUGUGUGCGUCCGAGUGUGUGGACGCUUGUCUGCGCGUGUGUCAGGACAUCCAGCCGGGAACAGAGCUGCUGAUGUACGGAGGAGACACAGAGGGGAAAAGUCAGACAACAGACGAACCGGACAACGCCACUGGAUGCACAGAUAUCGAGGUGGAGCACAAAAAAGACUCGGAGACUUUGGCCGCCGACGUUUCGAUAAGUCAGGAGACGGAGGACAAACAGGAAGUGGAGGAGGAGGAAGAAAGACGUAGAUGCAUCAAGAGGAGUCAUCCAACCAACCACCUGAGGAACAGGAGGGUCAGGAAAACUCUGGACAGUCACACGGACAGUAUCACAGCAUCAGGUGGACAGACGGACAGCACAUGUAGCGUCACGACUGCUGUGGACAGACAGACACCCAAAGACAACGCUGUCCGCUGCAGCUCCCGCCUGGCUGCAAGGCCGCGACGCGUUCACUGUCCGACGGGCCGCGGGAAACAACCGGCUGCAAACCUCGACCCGCCAAAACAGACGAGCCGGAGCUCCACCGAGGACGACCCGUCUCCAAAGGAGGAGGAGGAGGUGAAGAUGUCACGACCCCACCACCCUGAGGAGUCUCCUGCGUGGCAUCCGGAGAUCAGAGAGAGGAGAUACAGAUGCUCCAGCUGUGGGAAGAAGUUCUACCAGAUCGGCCACUUGAAGAAACACCAGUUCAGCCACACGGAGGAGAAACCCUUCAGCUGUCAGGAGUGUGGGAAGAACUACACCUCCGCAGAAAGCUUCAGAGCCCAUCAGAUGAAUCACCGCGGCGAGCGUCCGUUCUCCUGCCCUCACUGCGAGAAGUCCUACGGCCUGAAGCGGGACCUGAAGGAGCACCUGGUGCUCCACACCGGGGAGAAACCCUACGUCUGCGAGCACUGCGGCAAGGCGUUCGCUCGCCGGCCCUCGCUGCGCAUCCACCGCCUCCUCCACUGCAGCAGGAGGAUUUACUCUCAGCCUCCGAAGGUGCAGUGUACAGUCUGCCCUAAGCUGCUGGCUAACUCCGGCUCUCUGAGGAACCACAUGAAGCUGCACACGGGAGAGAAACCUCACGUCUGUCAGCACUGUGGGAAGUGCUUCAGUCAGAAAGGGAACCUGGAGUCUCACUUGAGAACCCACAACGGGGAGAAGCCGUUUCCUUGCAGCGAGUGUGACCAGAGCUUCUCCCAGAAGCCGGACCUCCGUCGGCACAUGUUCUCCCACACGGGAGGAGGUUUCCUCUGCAGCUACUGCGGGAAAUCCCUGAGGGACCCCCACAGCCUGAAGUCACACGAGAGGCUGCACACCGGAGAGAGACCCCAUCGCUGCCCCAUCUGUGGAAAAGGCUACACGUUGGCCACGAAGCUGCGGAGACACAUAAAGUCGUCCCACCUGAUGGAGAAGCCGUACAGCUGCCACUGCGGCGCUUCCUACACCGUGAGACAAAGUCUGCUGAGGCACCAAGCUCAGCACAGGACCGAGGGAGGAACUAGGGAGGAAGGGAAGGAGGCGAGGGCGGAGGAAGGAGACGGAGACAGAGAGGAGACGAAGAACAGCGGCAAGACGGAGGUGGUGCAGGAGUUAGCGGCUUCUGGCUCCAGUCACCCGAAGCCGACCAGAGGCCGACCCAAGAAGUACUCGCUCCCUCGGGGGGGAGGAGACAAGGAGGAGGGUCAAGUGAGGAGGAAAAGGGGACGAGGAAAAGUGGAGGAAAAGGAGGCGAGGAAAGAAACUGAGAACUCGAGAGAAGUGACUGGAGGAGACGAGGAGGCUUCAGGUGACGUCCAACAUGUCGUCUACGUCCACGCAGACAGCUCGCUGCCCACAGGGACGGGGGGGCAGGAGCUGGUGGAGGUGGUGAUAUCAGAGGGGGCGGAGCAGUGCAUUGUGGUCCAUGGGGAGCAUACGGUAGGAGAGCUGCUGAUCUUACAGGAGGAAGGAGACGGACUCUGCUCCGUGGCAGAGACGGUUGAGAUAAACACAAUGUAGUCCUUAAAUCUCUGACUCUGGUGGGUUCAGCAGGACAGAUGUUUCACAGGGAUCAGCUGAUGUCACACAGAUGUUUCACAGGGAUCAGGUGAUGUCACACAGAUGUUUCACAGGGAUCAGGUGAUGUCACACAGAUGUUUCACAGGGAUCAGCUGAUGUCACACAGAUGUUUCACAGGGAUCAGGUGAUGUCACACAGAUGUUUCACAGGGAUCAGGUGAUGUCACACAGAUGUUUCACAGGGAUCAGGUGAUGUCACACAGAUGUUUCACAGGGAUCAGGUGAUGUCACACAGAUGUUUCACAGGGAUCAGCUGAUGUCACACAGAUGUUUCACAGGGAUCAGCUGAUGUCACACAGAUGUUUCACAGGGAUCAGCUGAUGUCACACAGAUGUUUCAGCAGAUCAGUCCAUCAUGUGCAGGACAUCUUGGGUAGUUGUUACAUUAGUUAUUUCAAUGCGACUGUUUUAGGUCAAAUAAUGUUAUGAUGCAUUAACUGACCACAUGCACUUUAAGUAACUGCUGAAAGAAAGACAAUUGUUCUUGAUU